AUGACCACUUCAAUUGCGCGUCGUUACAAAACAAACGAUAAAGGUACCUUUGGUGAGUACACUGCAUCCACUCGUUGGCCUAUUAUCAUACAAAACAGUAUUGAUGAUAUUACCGCAGAAUUAGCUAAAAAUUCCUCACAGGGAGAUUACAAAAAGCAAGGUGAGAUCAUCAAACAAGAAUUAAUCAAAUAUCGCCAAGAAUUAUUAGACCAUAUCCCCUUACGUAAAUUCACCCAAGAAGAAUGUAAAAUUGCUAACGUCCCAUUAUCAUUCAAUGAGUAUUUAGACUCUCAUAAAGGUGUCACAUGGAAUAACGUCGAAUGGUUAUUCUCAGAAAUUUAUUUAUACAGAAGAAUUAAUGUCAUGUUCCAAUUACAACCAUUAUGGAAACAUUUCGAUAUUUUCAAUUCUUUGAAACAAUCCACUUUUAAAGCUUCAUUAUAUGGUGUCAUUGAAUUGGCAUUAAGAUAUCAAUCAUUAAUUACCAAAUUCGAUUCUAUUGCAAAUGAUAAUGAUAAGGAAAUAUUAGAAAUUCUUUUCAAAGAAUUCGUUGAAAUUUCAUUAUGGGGGAACGCUACUGAUCUUUCCCUAUUGACGAAUGCUACUUUAGAUGAUAUUAAAUCCAUUCAAGGUGCAAAGGCAAGAGAAGAAUCAGAAUCGAAAAUCUUAAUCAAUGACACCAAGAAGGCAUGGGAUACUUUGAUUAAAUUACAAGGUUCCAAUUCACGUGUUGAUUUCAUCCUUGAUAAUUCAGGAUUCGAAUUGUACGCUGAUUUAAUGUUAGCUUCAUUCCUUUUACAUACAAAAUUGGCCAAUAAGAUUAUCUUCCAUGCUAAGGAUACUCCUUAUAUGGUUAGUGAUGUUAUGUUGAAAGAUUUCGAUAUUCUUCUGGAAGAUUUGAAAGAUCGUUCAUUCUUUAAUAUUGAUCCUAAUUCCAACGAUUCCAGGGCUUUGGAUUUAUUCGCUGAUAAUAUUAAGAAAUUCAACGUUGAAGGUGCCAUUGAAGUCCGUACUGAUUCAUUCUGGACAAAUAAUUUGGAUUAUUGGAAUUUGGACCCCUCUGAAACCAAAUAUCAUGGUGCUGAAUUACAUAAGGAUCUUUUGAAUUCAAAUUUAGUUAUCUUUAAAGGUGAUUUGAAUUAUAGAAAAUUAACUGGUGAUAGAAAAUGGGCACAUACUACUUCAUGGGAUGAUGCAAUUGGCCCAUUGUCAUCUAAUGGAAUCACUUUGUUAAGUUUAAGAACAAUUAAAGCCGAUGUCUUGGUUGGUUUACCGGAAGGAUUAAAUGAGGAAUUAUCUGAAUUGUGGGAAAAGGAUCAUCCAGGUCACGGCAGUUGGUGGCGUAGUAGUGGUAAAUGGGCUGUUAUCUGUUAUGCAUCUUCAUAG